AUGACAAAAUCGGAAGUUACUGAGGAUGAUUGGAUGGUAUGGGAUGUUAUAAAUUCUCGCGGACAAGUAUUUGUUGAUGAAAUUAAAAUUCAUGAAUUGAUUCAAGAAACGUUACCUGAUACUUCAUGGGAAGUAUUUCAAGAUAUUUUACUCAAUUUAUAUGAAGUUGGGUUAGUAAGAAAACGACAAACUCACGAUGAAAGAUAUAUGUAUCAAGCACGUUCUAAAGAAACAGCGGCAAAACUUCAAUCGCUCGAAAAUCAUGAAUUUGAGGUUUAUGAACUUAUUGAGAAUUCAGAACGCAAAGGUAUCUCAAAAACUGACAUUCAAAAGCAAACAAAAUUGGUACAGUCUUUGGUAGAAGGUAGUUUGAAAAACAUGCAAGAUCAAAAAUUAAUUAAAGAAGUUAAACCAAAGACUAAGAAGCUGUAUAUGCUAUUUGAUACUAAACCUCAUGAUGAAUCAUUAAGUAGAUUAAUAUAUACAAACGGAGAACCGGAUACAUUUGUCGUGGAAACUUUAAAGUCAAUAUGUUAUAAUUUUAUUUAUCACAGAAGCUUUCCCAGGGGGAUGGAUGAGGAUGCAAUUUUUUAUCCCAAUUAUACUGGAUAUGUAACCUUAUCAAAGAUUGUACAAUGUGUACAAGAAACAAAAGUCACAGAAAUCGAAAUUGAAGAAGCCGAUAUAAGACAGAUCCUUGAUGUGCUUAUAUUUGAAGGGAAAAUUAUAAAAAAAUUUAUGAGUAAUAUAGAUCCAAAUUCGAUGGUAACUGACGUCAAUCGUCCUGAUACCCAAUUUGUGUAUAUAGCUAAAAAAGCUAGAAAUAUGAAUAAUGCUUGGACCCAAGCCCCAUGUGGAAGAUGUCCGUUUUUUGAAAAUGAAUGUACAGAAAAUGGUGAAAUAUCUCCAUCGACAUGUAUAUUCUUUCCUCAAUGGUUGAACAAAGCUAUUAAUAUAAUACAAGAUGAUGAGCAGGAUCAUGGUAAAGGAAAAGAAAUUCUUGAUUGGUAA